GUCUAGUAGUGCUAUAUUGGAAGGGAGUGCGCAAUGUUGUAACAACUAGUCAGCCCACGUAAAGAGCACGAGGUGUGUGGCACGUGAGGCAGAGGACGCCAUCGAUUUUCAUUUCGAGUAUACCUUGUUUUGUAAGACGUAAAAAGGGGGUCCUCGAGCACUUAGCAAGAAGAACGUGGAAAAUACGAGCCACAAGUAUAUAUAUCGUUCCGUGAGGCACACGAGAGCCAUUUUACCUGUUUCAUUAUGCAUCAAAGUGAUUUUUGAUGACAUUAAUGAGAACAUACAGCACUUACAUCUCUUCGUUUAUUACCGGAAAAUAAUAAGCAGUUAAAGCUUCGUUUGUGAGCUGUUCACGUUCUCCUCGCGCCUGACCUAGAGAACGUGAUAGCAGAGUGGCCGAAGAAUUGGAUUUGUCUAGAUUAUCCUGUUCUGGUUUUAUAUCAGUUAUUCUUGUCUCGAUCACUCGACUACUGGGAGAACAUGCCAACAGCAUUGCCCUUGAGAGAAACCCUUCACAGCAUGUGGUGCUUUUUUUUAAAAUCACGAACUUACCAAAGUUUCACCUGAAAGGGACUUUGUGGAAUCAGUAGAAGAUUAUAAAGUAGACAUACUAGUUGUUUUCUUUGUCGACCCCCUAAGAAUAAGGAAGAUUCAAGCCAAGGGUAUGAAAACUACCGCAUAUGUUUUUGCAGGUCGUGGCUAGUUGAUCAUUAAAGGCAGUUCGUUGAACUUUAUACACCUAUUUCCUGACCAGUUGUGCCUGGAGUAUAUAGUUUUCUUUGUGACUGAGAUGGUCCCGAUUAUUUAGUGAAGUCUGCCCUUCCGUCAGUGAAUGGAAAACUCGCGGCCUGAAGCUCUUUGUGAUUGGUUGCUAAGCGAUGACGUCGACUUAAUCUUCAUGCAUGAACAGAACCCAGACGAGAAGAGAGCUGACAGGAGUCGUGAUCUGUGUGCAGAUGGUGGAGACAAGCGGGUUGUCUUGGAGACAAGCUCUGGGAUUACGUUUAUUUACUCGCCACGUACAAGAGGUUGGAUUUAAUCUGUGACAAUCAAGACUUUAUAUUUAUUUAAAAGAAAAGUCUUCAUUGCUAUCAACACUUGAGUGACAUAAAAGAACUUGCAGUGGUGUUUUAUGAAGAGAAAGUAUGUUUAUAGAAGAAGAAAAACUUAGCUAUGUGUAACAAUACAAAGUUUUAGAAAUAUCACAAAAAUAUGAUUCUCUUUAAGAAAACAUGUAUACCUGAUACUACCCUUCGAUUCUACGCAACAAGUUCUUCCAAAGUCUACACAAUGACCUUCAGACGAGCCAUCAGUCUUUUGAAGAUUGGCAUACUUGUGUUACUAGCGGCUAGGGUUGCAUGUGCUGCUGAUAAGCUGAAAUGUGAAGAAAUCACUAUUCCUAUGUGUAAAAACAUUGGCUAUAACUACACGUCCAUGCCUAAUCAGUUCUAUCAUGACACCCAAGAAGAAGCGGGAAUGGAGGUGCAUCAGUUCUGGCCUUUAGUUGAAAUUCAGUGCUCUGAUGAUCUUCGUUUCUUUCUUUGUUCUAUGUAUACGCCAAUCUGUAUGGUGGAUUACCACAGCUCGCUUCCUGCUUGUCGGUCAGUCUGUGAAAGGUCACGAGCAGGCUGUGCACCCAUUAUGAGACAAUACGGGUUUGCGUGGCCUGAGAGGAUGAACUGUGAAGAGUUACCUAACUAUGGAGACCCUAAUAAUCUGUGCAUGGACGAAAAAGAAGGGGCUAAACCAAAAUCUUCUGACAUUAGAUCGGAAGUAGGCAAGAAACCUGAUAUUCCUAAAAAUAAUGAUUGGCCUAAAAGUAUCUCCAAGGCGCCUAUUCAACCCAAGCCUAGUCCUAAUUUCCCACCUCUACCAGCCACUGGUAAUGCUGACUGUGGAUGUUUGUGUCGAUCUCCUAUGGUGACACUUUUAGAAAGCAGUGAACGAAAUUAUUACAAUAAAGUAGAGACAGGUAAUGUACUAAACUGUGCUGUCCCAUGUCACGGCACCUUCUUCUCCACAGACGAACAUACUUUUGCCACUAUGUGGCUCGGACUCUGGGCAGUGCUGUGCUGCAUUUCCACUAGUUUGACCGUCAUUACGUUUCUGAUCGACAUGCAGAGAUUUCGUUAUCCAGAACGUCCUAUCAUCUUCCUCUCCGGCUGUUACUUGAUGGUUUCCAUAGGCUAUUUGGUCCGGCUAGGCAUGGGACAUGCUGAGCUGGCUUGUGAUGGACCAAUCGUUCGGUAUCAGGACUCUGAAAGACCGGCAGCGUGCACCAUCGUCUUCCUGUUGAUUUACUUCUUUGGAAUGGCUAGCUCUCUCUGGUGGGUCAUCUUAGCCUUGACUUGGCUUCUGGCAGCUGGACUGAAAUGGGGGAAUGAAGCUAUUGCUGGAUACUCGCUAUAUUUCCACUUGUUAGCUUGGUCAGUACCAACCGUCAAAACAAUCGCCAUCUUAGCCGUGGACGGAGUGGAUGGGGACCCCGUGGCUGGUAUUUGUUUCGUUGGAAAUCAGGACUUGACUCUCCUGCGAGGAUUUGUACUGACUCCUCUCUGUGUCUACCUUCUUUUGGGAACAUCCUUUCUCUUGGCUGGAUUCGUGGCUCUUUUUCGGAUCAGGAAUGUCAUCCGACAACAAGCUAGAGCUAAAGUAGACAAGCUGGAAAAACUCAUGAUCAGGAUUGGAGUCUUCUCGGUGCUGUACACGGUGCCAGCCACCAUCGUCAUCGGCUGUUACAUCUACGAACAACACUUCCGGGAAGCCUGGGAAAGGAGGCACAAUUGCCCCUGUAGUAACCCGGAUGUACGUCCCGAUUACUCUGUAUUCAUGCUCAAGUACUUUAUGUGUCUCGUAGUUGGAAUCACUUCUGGAUUCUGGAUCUGGUCCGGGAAAACUGUGGAUUCCUGGCGGAGGUUCUAUGGACGGCUGUGUGGGAAAAAACCUCAGAGCAGCCAACAAGGCAGAACUUUCAAACAAAUCAACACGGCAAACCACGUGGGACAAGUAGCUCCACCAAAUAAACAGUUACCCUUGACCCACGUAUGAUGAUCCACAAUAACGAGUGAAGAAAACGAUUAAAGGUGGCAGUCUAACAGGAACAUCCAUAUGGGUCGACUGUAUUUUUCUGGAAAACACUAGAUUCCCCGAGUUAGAUAACGGUGAACCAGUGCAUAUCAUAUUUUCUUGUAAUAACAUUCAUCCUUUUGACAGGUGAGUUAACAAGUUUUGCCUAUUUAACAAGUUGAAGAGUUGAUUUUUUCUUGAAAUCAUUUAUGUUUUGCUAACCCUCCAUAGCUGGCUCAAGAAGAUAGAAUAGAAUAAUUGUUUAUAAGUACCAGAUGUGUUUUUUUUUUCUGUAAAUACUGUGAUCAGCUAUGUUGACAUAUCUCUACACUUGUAUUGAAGGUAAAUGUACACUGCAACAACAUUAAAGGGUCUGAGAAAUAAAUCGUAGAAAACAGUAGAUAAUAUCAACAUCGCGAGCAGUUGUUACAUGCUAAGAAAAUUUAAUGUACUGUGAAAAAGGUGGAAGUUUGUUUAAUAUUGCUGCAGGUCUCUUACUGCCAUUCCGUCAUAACAACGUUAAAAAGGUUAAAAAAAACAUCUCUGGCCAUGCGCCGAUUAACAACAACAAGCCAUGAGGUCAAUCAACUUCUAAAAAGUUCACAGAAUUGUGCACGUUACUUGAAGAUGAAAUGUAAGGCAAAUAAGAAUUAGUAAUUUACAAAAUAAGCUUUAGAUCUAAUCCACUACUAGACCGUGCACCAAGUUAACACAGUUUUUUGUGGGCAAACUCGCCUAAAGUUGUUGAUCCUUUACCCAAGAUUUCGUAAAUUGCGAUGUUCCUAAAACUGCCAAUGUGUUUAUAAUUUUUUGUAAUUUUGAAUGCACUAAAUUAUAGAUAGUAUAUCCAGUAAUGUAGUAAGUGUUUUAAUGUGAAAUUGUACUAUUUCAUUUUAUGCUUCCUCGAGUUUAGUUGUUUCCUAGUGAAUCUUUGAUACACAGGCUCCCUCUAGUGACAAUCGUUGUAGGUAUUAUAGAUUCAUGGAGGUUAAAAGUUUUGUGUCUAGAAAAACCAUUAAUCCCAGAAUGAGUCUACAUAAAUCCGAGUAAGUACAUCGCAGAAUAACACUAUCCACAAUUCAUAUGGUAAGAUAACUGGGUAGUAAAAAUGUUUUAUGACCACGAAAUGCCCUUUUCACUACGAGAGUGUGAAUUUAUGAACGUAGGCUUUGGCGCAGGAAGGCUUGUAUGUCACGUGAGUUUCUGCAGUGCUUAUUCUACGGCGCCUUAUGUUAAAGACUGGCGUUUAUUUAUUUAUCUAUCGUUUUUCUAGCCUUUGGAGUACGUUUAGAAAGUGUAUUAUUACAUGAUAUUUAUAUCGCAAAUCAACAGGAGAAAAGAAAAUGUUAUAAAAAAAAAUGUGUCGUAAGGAAAUAUUUUCCCAUGUAUAUCAACUUUUUAUGAAAUAUGUUUAAUGUUAAAAAAUUUUUAGCGUUUCGCUUACGGGGCACAGAAAAAAAAUGCCGUUUCAAAUAGUCAAAAUCAUCUUGUUAAGAGCAAGUUUGAUCCAAAGAAAACGACCUCCCAAUGUGCACAAAUCGGGCUUCAUUGAUUAGUUACUAACCAUUUCAAUUUACAGUUUUUAAUUUUUAACUAAAACAAGAAAUAUAUCUUAUUUCCUCCGUUGUUCAUACCAAUCUUUUGUAGAGGCUUUGAAUGUGUAGUUGUAGAAGGAAUUAAUAUAAGGUUCUUUCUAAACCUUUUUACUUAAUUAAGAUAUGUAAUUGUGUGUUAUGUGUGUCGUUGUUAGUUGUAUGUAUUUUCUGUUUACUUAAUAUUUUAUUGUUAUGAUUUAGAUAGCAUCCUUUCAAGGCGCAUUUUUUUCGUCUUCUAAGCUCACUGUUGUAGUAGCGAAUAUAUGUGCUAGUAAUUAAUGUUAUUUUGCAAAAAGUGUCAUAUGUAGCAGCUCUCGUGCCCAUUUGUAAAUGUGUGUAGUUUCUUUCUUGACUUUUGAUGAAGUCGGGGGAGAAGUUUCGUUG